GUUGUGUCUCACCCAGUACGAUAUUCCACUUUCUUUCUUCCAUUUCUCGUGCCUUGUUCUUGCGUUUGAAGCUCCGGAGAUGGCGUCAAUGGAAGCGCCUAGUAUUGUGUUGCCCGGUCACAGGGAGCUCUCGCCUGCUCUCCUCUUGUCCCUGGAAGAGCAUUUCAGAACCUUUCAAGACCUAUCCGGAGCCCCCGAUCUCGCCUCUGAGCUGAUCAAAAGCUGCUCUGAUUUGGAAGCAGAUCUCACUCUUCUUCGCAGAAAACUCAUCAGCCUCUCCGUUUCGUGGAUUUCCCGUUCCUUCGCAGCCAAAUCCACCCUUCGCGAAAUGACUCUCAGCUUGCAGAAUCUCAGUCUCUACUCAUCCCGAUGUAUGAUCAACAAGAAAAUCCGGAAGAUGCUCGGGGAGGAUUUGCCUCGUCUUGGGAAGGAAGUUCAGCGGAUUGACACUAUUCGCCAUUAUGCUGAGACAACUCUACAAUUGGAAGCUCUGGUUGGAGAUCUUGAAGAUGCAGCCAUUUCUGUUAUAAAUCAACAUGCUGGGAAUAUGCUCUCAGCAAGUUCUUCAAAUCCAUCAAUUGUAAUUGACUUUGGACCAAAGCAUGAAAAGGUGCUUCAGGCUCUAAAAAUUGUGAAUGACAUCGAGGACGUAUUAGUUAGAGUUGCAAAUUUUCAAUCACAGUGGUGUCAUCUUAUCAAAUCUGUUGAUGCUAGAGUGGAAAAGUCUUUGGCAGUUCUCCGGCCUCAAGUUCUUGUGGAUCACCGACUCCUCCUUGCUUCUCUAGGAUGGCCGCCAAAGCUUGUGACAUCAAAAGAAAUUAGUGUGACACAAGGUCUCCCAAAUCCACUGCUUUUGAUGCAGGGAGAAAAGAGGAAGUGUUAUUCUUUGAGCUUUCAAACACUCUGUGCUUUGCAGCAUGUUCAACUUCGGCGGGAAGAACGUCAAAGUGACCUUUUGGGACAAAAAGAGGAGCAGAAGAUAGGACUUUGGGCCAUUGAUGAACUGGUUUCUCCUAUUGCAUCACGGACUGAGCAUCACUUCUCGAAAUGGGCUGAUCAGCCUGAGUUUAUUUUUGCUCUUGCAUAUAAAAUUACACAGGACUUUAUUACAGGAGUUGAUGAUGUUUUGCAGCCUCUUAUUGAUAGAGCAAGAUUGAACUUUAGUGCUAAGGAAGCUUGGGUAUCUGCAAUGGUCCAAGUGCUUUCAGGCUUUCUAGAAAAAAAUGUUUUCACUGUUCUUGCUGAUAGGUACAAGGAGAAAUCUAUGAAGUCAGAUGUCAUCCCCUCAUGGCUUCAUUUGAUCGAUCUUAUUGUUGAUUUUGAUAGAAAGUUGCACUCACUUGUGAGUUCAGAAACUUAUCUCUUGCCAGAAUCUGGGGGAGAGUUCUCAAGGGGCAUAUCAGUAUUAUCUAUAUUUUGUGGUAGGCGUGACUGGCUCAAGAUUUGGACCAAGAUAGAGCUCAAGAAUGCAUGGAAGAAAUUAAAAGUAGAACUGGCAGGUGAGAGGGCUUGGUUAACUGAUGGACAAAGAGUUGAGCUUCAUAUUGACACAGAAACUGAAGAAUUUCUUCUCUCCAGUAGGGAAGACUAUAAAGCUCCAUUAAUUGCUGAGUCUGCCCUUAAAAUUGCUUGGGGAAUGGUUGCACGAUGUCAAACUUUACCAAGCAUUGCAGCACAAAUACAAUUUAUCAGAUCAACUGCAGCUAGAUUCCUCUGGUAUUUUUUUAAAGUCCUCCUCCUCCGAGGCAAGAAAAUUGAAUUCCAUCCUGUCAAUUCGGAUGAUGAUGAUAUUUUAGUUAGAAUAUGCGGAUUAAUCAAUGCUGCCAGGUAUUGUGAAUCUAAACUGCAAGAGUGGAGUGAUGAUGUGAACUUUUUGGAGUUGAGAGUUGCUGAAAAUGACUUGGAUGUUUGUGUUAAAGACUCGAAGCAUGAUAGUUAUUUUUUCAGUGAAGAAAUAAACAGCUUGGCUGAGCUGGAGACAAAUUGGCUUAUCGAGCUGAUUUCUCAUCUUCUUCACCAAUUUGACAUUCUUUCCUUGAAAUAUUUCCAAAGUAUGGAAUGUUUCCAACAAGCAAAAGAAGAAUCUGCUGCUGCCACAGACAUGGCUGUAUCAAUUGAUUUUGUUGAAGCAUUGGAUGCUUUGAGAAGUGGGCUUUGUGCUAUCAAGAAGAAUCUCAAUCCAAAAGAUUUUCUGGAUCUGUGGAGGAGUGUGGCCGAUGGGCUUGACCAUUUUGUUUUAUCCAGUGUUCUUGCAAGUGAGAUUAAAUUUUCUGAUCAAGGGGUGGGUCAGUUUCGAGCUGAUAUACAAGCAUUAUUCUGUAUUUUUCGUUCUUUUUGUGCACGGCCUGAAGCUUUUUUCCCUUGUAUACGAGAUUCUCUUAAGUUGCUAGAAAUGAGUAAGGAAGAGGCAAAUCAUUUGCAGGUGGUUUUAUCGAACGAUGAAAAUAUAAUAAAAUGUCUGCGUUUUUCUGGAAUUUCUUGCAUAUGUUUUGAUCAAGUCCAGAGGAUUUGGAGGAAAAGAAAAUUUUGAAUACAAUUUUUUGUGGUUAGAAAUGGGAUAGAAUUUUUGUAUUCAAUUGUUCCACUUUUCAGGAGUUGUGUUGUGGUGGUUAUAGUUAAAAUCUUGUUCAUGACAAUUUUUUUCUCCUUGGAUCAAACUUUUGUUCUUGAUGUGAUGCACACAACGCUUAGCUAAAA